AUGGGAAAGAUCUUGACAGGAAGACCGAAACUAGUAGUAGAUCAAAUAGUAGGGGAACUACAGAAAGGGUAUUCUCAAAAAUCAUCAUCUCCCAGAUGCUUGAUCAAAGUGGAUAUUAGGAAAACAUAUGAUUCUGUAGAAUGGAGUUUCCUAGAAGGAUUAUUCUUAGAGUUUGGGUUUCCUACUAGACUGGCCAAGCUCACUAUGGAGUGUGUAAGUACUGUAAGGUAUUCCCUGCUAAUCAAUGGAGGGUUGACUCCCAGAUUUGAUGCAAAGAAGGGUCUGAGGCAAGGUGAUCCUAUGUCACCUAAUCUCCUUGUGUUAUUAAUGGAGAACCUAAAUAGAGCUUUGAAGCAGUUGAAGCUAAAUCCAGACUUCAAUAAUCAUCCAAAGUGCGUAAAAAAAGAGAUUGUGCAUAUCAGCUUUGCAGAUGACCUGUUGAUGUGCUACAGGGCAGAUCUUAUCUCAAUACAACUCAAGAUGAAAUACUUUGGCAAGUUCUCUGAAGCAUCAAGCCUCAAAGACAACAUGGAAAAAAGUUCAAUCUACUUGGUAGGGGUCUCUACUCAUGUAAAGGAGUACCACGCGAACGCGAAGCAGCAGGCAGCUAGACCUUCGCGAACGCGAAGUACACAAUGUGAACGCGUAGUUGCAGAACAUGAAGCUUCGCGAACACGAAGCUGUGAACGCAAAUACGAUGACUGA